UGGCCGGAGACAUUUGAAGUGGGAAUUUGUAGAAAAGAGACAAAUCCAUUACUACUUUGCCACUUGAGUCUUACGAUGAGGUGCAUCCAAUUCCAGACUCCGUUGGCUCCCCUGCACUUGCAUCUCAAACACAAACACCCUCUAAGGACAUCUCAACUGCUCUGGCUCUCUACCAAUGAACCUAUUGAGCUUAUUCUACACAGACCAAACAACCUGCCACAGCUGGCUCCUAGGCCCAAGGCCCUUCCCAGUUUCCUUGUUCUCGGCGCUUCAUCUGCAGCCAAGGCCGGCGGCGACAUAUCGGUCCUCCUCCCGACCGGUGCAGCACUUUUCUUUCUGUACUUCAUAGCAAAUUUCCUCGUGCCGAAUUUCAUCUCCAAGAGCUUCCAGUUUGACAAGGAAAGUGAAGGCCAGAAGCAAAGUGAUGAUGAUUAAUAUUCCAUUUAAGAUGUAAUCAGUCCGGUUUAAGAUGAGAAAACCGGCACAAACGUAAGCAGUCGAGCAAGCUCGGAAGCAAAGAAAUAGGGCUUCAUGAACACCAAACCAUGAAAGCGUGUGGCUAAAAAAGCCGGUCAUUCUUCCAUGCGAUAUGGUCAUUAUGGUAGGAAACCUACAUUUUUAUUUCCUUAAUAAGUUGUAUCAUCAUAUUUUUAUUCUAUUUUUUUAAUAAGCUAUUUCUAAAAAGCUAAGCCUUA